UGACACUUGCGCGAGAUUUUGAACUAUUUUUGAAUAAAUUGUUUGAAUUUCAACAUUUUGUUAUUUUUAAUUGUUUACGUUAAUUUCUGCCUUUAUCAGUUAUAAAACACAUCAAUAAUAUUUUUUCUUACAACCUGCGCUACACAUAUUGAGUGUGAUGUCCACUGCAGUGGUAUGCAAUUCGCAGAAAAAAGGCGCCGCUACGAAUAAUGUAAACCCGGGGGCAGUAAGAAAGAAAUCUGGUCCCAAAUUCGAGUUGUCCGACGAGCAAAGGCGGGAUAUAAAAGAAGCGUUCGAUUUGUUCGACACUGAGAAUACGGGAAAAAUUGAUACAAAAGAAUUGAAGGUUGCUAUCAGAGCUUUGGGGUUUGAGCCAAAAAAAGAGGAAAUAAAAAAAAUGAUAGCAGAAAUUGAUAAAGGUGAUGGUAAAGUUUCAUUUGAGGACUUUCUAGAGUUAAUGACUGUCAAAAUGGCAGAAAAAGACACAAAAGAAGAGAUCAUGAAGGCUUUUAAGUUAUUUGAUGAUGACGAAACAGGGAAAAUUUCAUUCAAGAAUCUGAAACGAGUGGCACGGGAGCUAGGAGAGAAUUUAACAGAUGAGGAAUUACACGAGAUGAUAGAUGAAGCUGACCGUGAUGGUGAUGGUGAAAUCAACCAAGAGGAAUUUCUGCGUAUCAUGAAGAAAACUAGCCUGUAUUGAUUUUGUAUUAUUUUUAAUUGAUCUUGUAGCACAAAAUUUAGAAUCCAAUCGGAACUUGAUAUAAUUCGCUUUAUUUAAAGAUUCUCGCAAGUUUUUGUUCCUGUUAUAUUUACAAAACUAUUUUUGUUAAUACUUUCAUGACAGUUCUUGCAGCAGCUAACAUUUUGUGCGAAUUUUGUUAGAUCUGAAACAAUUGAAGUAUGAGGGAGUGCAAAUGUGGAGACUAAUUCUGUUGUACACAAGCUUUAAACCAUAAAAAUUAGUGAUUAUAUACUCUUUGCUCUUAACUAAAAUGUCAAGUCUAUUAUUAUUAAAAUGUCAAGUACAUAUUGCUAUCCCUUUCACAAUGUUCUCUGAGGAAAUGGAUAGCACUAGAUUUUUAUCUGUUAAUUUAGUUUAGGGAUUGUGUACAACAAAUUUAGCCACAGCAGCAGUGUAUUUUGUUUCAAAUCUGAAUUCUGAAACAAGUCAAGUUCAUGACCAAGGCUGGAGAUAAAUGAUAGGCCAGUAUUAAUUUUAAGAAAAUUAUUUUUGUUUUGAGGUGCAAGUUACUAUUGCAAGAUUGAUGGUGUUCAAUAGGGCUUAACCAUUUCAUUAUUCUAGAUUCUAUCACACGAAAUACUAAAUUUUCAUUUACAUUUUAUAAAACAAUGAUAAAAUUAUAGGUAUUUAUUCAUGAUACAUUCCAUGGACACUGAUUUGUAACAUGUAAGCACAAAGUAUAUAAUAAUAAAAAAUAAUAUGGGGACAAGACAUUGUUGUACCUACUAUAAUAUUACUUUAGGCUGCAAUUACACCUGACGUAAGUUUUACUCACGUCAGGAGCUUACGUGAUUAAUUUACAACAAAACAAAUGUAAUUGUAUUUAUAAGUGUUCUAAAUUUUUUUGUAAGUUAAUUAUGUAAGCUACUUAUGUGAGUAAAACUUACAGACGUAACUGAGGCCUAGUAUUAAUUGUUCACUUCAUAUGCAAGAUAACAUAAGUUUAAUCUGUGAGCACAUACAUAGAUAAUCCAUUAAUAACAGGUUAUAUCCUAAUAUUAACAAAUAAUAUAAAAAAACUAAGUUGAGUUUCAUGUAUAUUCUUUACACAAUCCUAAAUAUUGUAGUUUCAUAUUUUUAUAAAUAUAAUAAUUAUCUGUGUCACAAUCACAAUGUUUAGUUUACAUAUCUAUGUUAGUUGACCUAUAAUCUUAAACAAGUAGGUAAUCAUAAUAUAAGUAUUAUAUAAAAAUACAUACUAUGUACAUUGCCUACAUACAAAAGUAUUAUGGUAAAAUGUUACAUUUUACGCUUUUGUAAAAAAUAUUACAUACUAUUUUCCACUGAAACCAGCUUUAAAUAAUAAAUAUAAUUUUAAGUGUCAGAUGUCAUGGUUAUUAUUGAUCACAUAUAUUUUUUCUAUCAAUGUACUUAUCCUUAUCUUUCUACUUCAUAUUAAGAUAAGUUAAAUUUAAGCACAUUCAAUAAUGUAAUAAGAAAUACAUAAAGUAAUCAGCCAAACGGAUGGAAAAGAUGAGCCAACUUCCCUGCCAAAAUAAGACAAAAGUCAUAUUUCAUUAUUAUUUAAAAUAAUGCAAUGACAUAGUGUACCAAUAGCACAACCCUAUAUGUAUAUGUAUGGGCACAGAAUAGUGUGUAUUCUGUGCCCAUAUACUUCAAGAUAGCUUUGAUAGUUUUUUCAAAUGUGUUGCCUCAUCAUCCCUGAGAGUAACUAAGUAAAAGACAUUUUUGCAAAGUUACAGUGAAACUUGACUCCUGUUUGGUUGAGUACUUCAUGAUGUAAUAGGUAUAAAAUGAAUAAAGUGUUAUUGCAGUCUU